AAAAAAUAAUAAAGAAAAACUGGAAAAAAAAUAAAAAAAUCUAACUCUAGACCGAUUCUUUCUCUGCCGUUCGACUCCUCCGGUCGUCGCUGCUCCUCUCGGCGCUCGCCUGCUCCCCUCCUCCUGCCGCCGCUGCUCCUGCUUGGCGCUCUACCGCUCCCUCGUUCUAGUCCUCCUGUCGCUGCUUCUGCUCGCCCUCCCGCUCGACUUCGACCGUCGCUGCUGUCUCGGCUCCUCCCUUCGACGGCCACCCCUGCCGCUGCUGCGGCUCCUCCCCCCUUCGACUGCCCCUGUGUCCCGUCGAUUUUCACAUCUCCUCUCACAGCUGGGUGACAGAAUCGCCGGACUCCAUAGAAGGACUCCUUCGGCUUCGCUCGGUCGCCGAUGAUCAGCCGGCGCUGCUUCUGCACGGCGACUUCACGUCCUUGGCUCUUCAUCGGCCUGGGGAACCCCGGCGACAAGUACCGAGGCACCAGGCACAAUGUAGGGUUCGAGAUGAUUGACGCAUUUGCUGAAUCGCAAGGGAUUUUAAUGGACACCGUCCACUGCAAAGCUCUAUUCGGCCAAGGUUUCGUUGACGAUGCGCCCGUUAUACUCGCUAAGCCUCAAACAUACAUGAAUUUGAGCGGCGAAUCUACAGGACCUCUGGCUGCUUAUUAUAAGUUGCCUCUUAAUCGGGUGCUUGUGUUUCACGAUGACAUGGACUUGCCAUGUGGAGUUCUACGUCUUCAGCCGAAAGGAGGCCAUGGAAGUCAUAAUGGGUUGAAGAGCGUGAUCUAUCAUUUUCGAGGCAACCGGGAAUUUGCCCGGCUAAGAAUUGGUAUUGGUAGGCCUCCCGGUCAGAUGGAUCCGAAGGCAUUCUUGCUUCAAAAGUUCAAUGCGACAGCCAGAGGGCGGAUUGAUGUUGCAUUACAAGAGGGUGUUGGCGCAUUGAAGCAUGUGUUGUCUAAAGGCUUGACAGAAAGUGCAAGAUGCUUCAACAGGGAACAAAAGUACAAACAUCUAAGAUUGCAAACCCUGCCGGCUUAACAUCAGAUGAUGGUUAGAGUCUUGCUAAAAAUGGCUCGUGGACAGAAGCACAUAUAAGGACCUCGGAGCUUUUAUCUAAAGGGGUAACCUGGACAUGGAUCUGCUGGAAGUGACAUUUCCCGACUUAGGAAGCCAAUGAGCAAAAUGUUCGUAUUCUUUUGAUCUGGAGCCAACUGUUUCUUGGGUUAGGAGAAUCUAUGUAUUGCCUUGUCGAGUAAGUAGUUAGCAUUCUGCUGUAUUAUUAGGGCUACAAAGAAGGGGCAGGAGCUAUGUCUUGAACUUGAUAAGGACAUGUUCUUACAUAGUACGUACGUGGUUUGCAUGCGAAGUACAUGAUUUUGUAUUCGCUCCCGAUAAACUUCUAAGAUAUGUGUGUAGAUAUUCUACUAGUUGAUGUUAACAGAAACAUUUUUCGUGUACUGCUUUUGCAGCUAUCGCUUAAAUUUGUAUAAAAAA